AUGUUAUACGACUCACUCACUGUGAUGGAGCACUUGUGGUUUUUUUAUACACUGAAACGUGUUGAGAAGAAAGAUCAAGAAAAAGGUAAAAAAGGAGGAUGGCGGUCAGAAGCGAACGUGCUCAGCGAUAGUCUCGACAUGGAAGACAUCAAAAAUAAAAAGGCGGCUUGGCUCUCACAAGCGGAUAAACGAAAGCUGUGCAUCGCUAACGCGUUUAUUGGUGGGAGUCGUGUGGUGCUGUUGGAUGAACCAACUACUGGCAUGGAUCACACAUCUAAGAAAGCUCUUAAGAUACUUGUCGAAUCUCAGAAGGAUUCCAGAGCAAUAAUGAUGACCACCCAAAACAUGGAGGAUGCCGAAUCCAUGGGGCACCAGUUGUACGUUAUGUAUAUGGGGAGAACCGUAUGCAGUGGUGACAUCCAGUUCGUCAAAGGCUCGUGA